AUGACUACCCGUUCUCUUCCCAGCAACGCCGGCUCUGCCUUCGACUACAUCAUCGUUGGUGGAGGCACUGCCGGCUGUGUGAUUGCCUCCAGACUGUCCAGCUACUUGCCCGAGCGCCGGGUCCUCCUCAUCGAGGCUGGUCCCUCAGAUUUUAACCUCAACCAUGUCCUCAACUUGCGAGAAUGGCUGAGCCUGCUGGGCGGCGACCUGGACUACGACUACGGCACGACGGAGCAGCCCAUGGGCAACAGCCAUAUUCGACACUCUCGCGCCAAGGUUCUCGGAGGAUGCUCCUCGCACAAUACCCUCAUUUCCUUCCGUCCGUUCCGCUAUGACAUGGACCGCUGGGUGGCCCAGGGCUGUAAGGGCUGGACCUUUGAGAACGUCACCCGUCACAUUGACAACCUCCGCAACACCUUCCAGCCCGUUCAUGCACGCCAUCGCAACCAGUUGUGCAAGGACUGGAUUCAAGCCUGCGCCUCUGCUCUCAACGUUCCCAUCAUUGACGACUUCAACGCCGAAAUUCGCGAAAAGGGCCAGCUCACCCAGGGUACGGGCUUCUUCAAUGUGUCGUACAACCCGGACGAUGGCCGGCGGAGCAGCGCGUCUGUCGCUUAUAUUCAUCCCAUCUUGCGCGGCGAGGAGCGACGGCCGAACCUCACCAUCUUGACGGAGGCUCACGUCUCCAAGAUCUUGGUCGAGAACGACGUGGCUAGCGGUAUCAUUGUUCAUUUGGCUUCUGGCGAGAGAGUAGUGCUCAAGCCGCGGAAGGAAAUCAUCCUCUGUGCGGGUGCAGUGGACACGCCUCGCCUGAUGCUUCAUUCCGGCCUCGGCCCUCGCUCACAGCUGGAGGGCCUGGGAAUUCCCGUGGUCAAGGACAUUCCCGGUGUUGGCGAAAACCUGCUCGACCACCCCGAGACAAUCAUCAUUUGGGAACUCAACAAGCCAGUGCCUCCCAACCAGACAACCAUGGACUCGGAUGCCGGUCUCUUCCUCCGUCGAGAGCCCACCAACGCCGCUGGUACUGACGGAAACGCGGCUGAUAUUAUGAUGCACUGCUACCAAAUCCCCUUUACGCUCAACACUGAACGGCUGGGCUACCGCAGGAUCCAGGAUGGCUAUGCCUUUUGCAUGACGCCCAACAUCCCCCGACCCAGAUCCCGUGGCCGCCUCUACUUGACAUCUGCGGACCCCGCGGUAAAGCCGGCGCUGGACUUCCGGUACUUCACCGACCCCGAAGGCUACGACGCCGCCACCUUUGUCGCCGGCAUCAAGGCGGCUCGCAAAGUGGCCCAGCAAAGCCCCUUCAAGGAGUGGCUGAAGGAGGAGGUUGCGCCCGGCCCCAAGGUGCAGACGGACGAGGAGAUUAGCGAAUACGCUCGCCGCGUCGCCCAUACCGUCUACCAUCCUGCUGGGACCACCAAGAUGGGCGACGUGACCAAGGACCAGGCCGCAGUCGUGGACCACGAGCUCAAGGUCCGUGGCAUCAAUAAGUUGCGUAUUGCAGACGCUGGUGUCUUCCCAGAGAUGCCUACCAUCAACCCCAUGCUUACGGUGCUGGCCAUUGGUGAGCGAGCCGCCGAGCUAAUUGCCAUGGAGGAGGGCUGGAAGCCCAAGACGUCGAAGCUAUAG